AGGAAGCCUCCAUGAGGCAGUGGACCCGGCGUCUGCUGCCGAGCAAGGGGAGGCUACCGAACGCUUAUCUUACAAUGCGGAAACAGAGGAAACCGGACCCUCACCCCAAGGGGAGACAAGCGCGUCCGUGAACUCCCAGGACAGCGCCGGCGGAGGAGGAGGGCGGGGCCCGGUGCUGACCUUCGAGAAUCAAGCCUUUAUGGCCGAUGUAGGAGGCAGUGAGGGGGCGCAGUCCACGGAACAGCUGACUAGUGAUGCAGGUUCGGGUUAUGCUGCUUCCCGGCAAGAAACAGAGGCACAAGACGAAGGUGAAGACCGGAGAGAGCCCAGUCUACGACGAGAAGGUCUACUUCAACAAAAUUUUACCUGACGAAGUCCCUGGCAUGGGUAUUCGAUUCCGGCUUUACGGCCUGGAGCGCAUGCGCAGAGAGAGGAUGAUUGGAGAGAGUAUUGUUGGCUUCGCGUCCUUGAAUUUGGAGCAGGAGACCACCCACUGGGUCGUUUUGGAACCGCGGAGCAAUCUCAGUCACGGCGAUUCAGGUUUUGACGUGUCCAGCCUGUCCCGAAGUGACAGCGGCUCCUCCACCCAGUCCCUCCAACAUGGCGGCAUGCCAGAACUUCUACUUGGCCUGGCCUACAACGGCACGACGGGAAGGCUCUCCUGUGAGGUCAUCAAGGGAAGCAACUUCAGGAAUAUGGCCAUGAACAGGGCGCCCGAUACGUAUGUGAAGCUGAGCUUGAUGAAUUCCUCGGGUCAAGAAGUCCAACAUUGUAAGACUUCCAUCAGGAGAGGCCAGCCAAACCCUCUAUUUAAGGAGACGUUCAUGCUGCAAGUGGCGUUGUUCCAGCUGCCGGAUGUGACCCUCAUGCUCUCUGUUUACAACAAGAAAAACAUGAAGAAAAAAGAGAUGAUUGGCUGGUUUUCAUUAGGCAUGAACAGCAGCGGAGAAGAGGAGAGUUCUCAUUGGUUGGACAUGCGGGAAAGCAAAGGGGAACAAGUGUGUCGAUGGCAUGUUCUACUGGAAUCCUAGUUUAUAUUUUGUUUUGUUUUGUUUUGUUUUGUUCUCUCUCUCUCUCUCUCUCUCUCUCUCUCUCUCUCUCUCUCUCUCUCUCUCCCCUCAUUGCCUUGUCAAUUUUGUUGAUGACUUUUUAACUAUAAGUGUAUGUUGCAUGCAGUGCUGUUCUGUUCAGUGUUCUUUAUGAAAUGUAGCCUAUACUUUCUUUUUGUGUAGAACAAACCGUGUAAAUGAAUCCCAAAACAGGAAUAUUGAGGGCUCAACUAAGGUUGUUUCAUCAAAGAUAUUUAUUUUUCGAUAAAUCACAAAUCAGUAGUAGGUAGCAUUCCCUAACUCUUAACAGUCUUUUUCUUCUUCUUCUUCAUCAUCUUCUCCUUCUUCUUCUCAAUCGGAUCACACUUGGUCCUUAGGCCCCAGGUAUCAUAAUACUGAGUCGUCCUGCUCAGUUCUUCUCUCGCCGGUACAGCUUCCCUUAUAUUGUAAAUGGGAUUAAGUUGACAGUCUGAUUAAGGGUAUCAUAUUACUGUUUUUGGUAGGUCAAAAGAAAAAGAGACAAGUGAAUGCCCUGGGACAUAGUAUGUGAAUUGGUGAGCAUCUUUUUGCAGCAAAAAACUGCUUGUAUUUCCUUGGACACUUGGAUUGACAUAAUAGCCUCGAGCAUCUUGCUCUCACUGGAAAAAUAGAAGACAAAAGUGUGCAGUGGAAGAUCAAUAAUAACUUCUUUUGGAACCUGAGCGGGUUGACAGGAAAGGAGUGAGACAAUAUAGGUUAUUUGAGAACAUCUGAGCAUAAAAAUGAGAGAUGAACUGUGAUCACUCAUGUUCAGGUACAUUGCAGUUGUUGAAGAAGAAGAAGAAAAAGAAGAAGAAGAAGAAGAAGAAGAAGAAGAAGAAAAAGAAGAAGAAGAAACAGAGGAAAAA